UAUUCUUUUGACCAGGGUUAUGAGUUUAAUCAUGCGAUAUGGGUAUUAGUAACGCUAAUGAAUGAAAGUAAUGGUGGUAAAUGGAAUGUUAGAAUGAGUCUUGAUCAUUAGUUUUUGCUAUGUAAUCACUAGUCAACAUAGUAGUAAUGCUAGUCAACCACUAAGCUAGCUGACAGCUAAUACUCAGCUGUAAAGUGACAACCUAAGACAGGAAAGGGGGAAAUAAGGUUUGCUAAACUGUCGACAAAUUAACAGUGUUUUAAGUGUUACUCUACAGUGACAGGGACAGAGGAAUAUGGCUUCUUCCAGAGCGACAUACACCAUUGGAGGGGUGAAAAUCCACUUUCCCUGUAAGGCUUACCCAUCCCAGCUGGCCAUGAUGAAUUCAAUCAUACGAGGACUGAACAAUGGACAGCACUGUUUGCUGGAGAGUCCCACAGGUAGUGGAAAAAGCUUGGCUUUGCUCUGCUCCGCUCUCGGCUGGCAGCAGGCGCAGUUUGCUAAACGGCAAGAAGAAGGAAGCCAAGUGAAGGGCAAGAACCAGUCAGAUAAAAGCUCUGGAGAAUAUAAGAAAUCAGACAUCACCACCCCCUGUCAGUGUUUUUGCCACAGCAAAGCCAGUGGGGCCCCAGCUUCACCAUCAGCCAAUGCAGCUGUUGUGGACCUCACUUUGUCACCUUAUAAAGAGACGUCACAGCAGCUGCCUCCAGCACCUGAACACAUGCAGGGGGAGUCACAGCUCAAGAAAUCGUCUAUAGCCUCUCGUGUGCCUGAGAAGUUCCAGUCGCCCUUAAGGUCUGAUUGCGAGAAAGACAAUGACUUCCAGCCAGAGAAGAAACGCUUUCGUACUGCUGAACACAAGAGCCAAAACAGGCAGCAUCUGGAGCAGGGAGUGACAUUCUUAGAUGAUGAGCCGGAGCUGGAAAAUAAGCCUUUGGCUCCUCAGAGAAGACCUGACGGCCAAACGGGGCCAUACAACCCUGCUGCCGGUUCAUCCUCAUCUUGCAGUUCCCCAAAACCUUGCUCCUGCUGCCCAUGUGAUUCAGCCAAAGAGAGUACGAUGGAGAAAGAUGACAAAAAGCAGAUUCCUAAGAUCUUCUUUGGCACUCGCACUCAUAAACAGAUAACUCAGAUUGCCCAUGAGCUCAAACGCACUGUUUACUCCAGCGUGCCAAUGACCAUCUUAUCCAGCAGAGACCACACCUGUAUCAACAAAGAAGUGGCGCCCCACGCCAACCGCAACGAGCGCUGCAAGGACCUGCUGAAGGCCGAGAAUGGCCUGUCAUGUCGCUACUACCACGGUGUCCACAAGAUGCGGGACCACUACACACUACAGCAGGUUCACGGACUACAUGAAGCCUGGGAUAUUGAGGACCUGGUUGCACUGGGCAAACAGCUCCGGUCAUGCUCUUACUACGCUGCCCGUGAACUUAUGCAGGGUGCCUCCAUCAUCUUCUGCCCAUAUAACUAUCUGCUGGACCCAAUGAUCAGAGAGAGUAUGGAGAUCAACCUGGCAGGCCAGAUCUUGGUGCUGGAUGAAGCCCACAACAUUGAGGACUGUGCAAGGGAGAGUGCCAGCUUCACAUUAGACCACAACAGUCUGCUGAUGUCCAGAGAUGAACUGGAUAGCAUGGUUAACAACAACAUCAGGAAGUCUGAACAUGAAAUACUCAGAAACUUCUGUUACAUCCUAGUCAGCUGGAUCCAGGAGAGCAAAAGCCUAAUGUCUGAAAGGGAAUAUGAAGUCGCCAGUAAAGUCUGGAGUGGGAAUGAUAUAUUGGGCAUCUUUAACAACCUGGGCAUCACUGCUGAUACGUUUUGUGAUAUGAAGCAAAACUUGGCAGCAGUAUUGGAGAAGGAGCACCGUGUUGUGGCUAAUAAUAAAGAGGACAUUGUGCAGAUCCCAGUCAUCAGCUCAGCUACCUCCGCUGUCCUCAAAAACCUCUUCAUGGUUCUGGACUUCCUCUACAGGGACAAGUGCAGGUUUGCUGACGACUACCGUGUAGCUUUGCAGAGGACCUAUGCUUGGGUGAACCAAGUCCCUCCUGAUGUCCCCGAUGCCAAGGGAUUUUUUGGUCGGCCACGCUACAGACAGCGUCAUAGCAUUCGAGUCAAGACAGAAGUUUUGGCCCUGAGCUUCUGGUGCCUCAACCCUGCUGUUGCUUUCUCUGACUUGAGUGAGUCCGUGCACAGCAUUGUGCUGACAUCAGGAACCCUGUCACCCAUGGGCUCCUUCUCCUCUGAACUUGGGGUGAAAUUCUCCAUCCAGCUGGAGGCCAGCCAUGUUAUUAACAAGUCCCAGGUUUGGGUGGGCACUGUUGGUGCAGGACCCCAAGGCAGAAAGCUCUGUGCCACCUUCCAACAUGCUGAAACAUAUGUCUUCCAGGAUGAAGUGGGUGCCCUGCUGCUCCAUGUGUGCCAGGUCAUGGCCAAGGGUGUGCUUUGCUUUUUGCCUUCUUAUAGGAUGCUGGAUAAUCUGCGAGAUCGAUGGGCCAAGACUGGUGUCUGGAAGAAGUUAGAGCAGCAGAAAACGGUGAUCACCGAACCUCGUGGUGGUGGAAAAGGAGAUUUUGAUGACCUGCUUCAGAUUUACUAUGAUGCCAUCAGAUACUGUGAGGAACGCAGUCAAACUGAUGGUGCACUGCUGAUUGCUGUAUGUAGGGGUAAAGUGAGUGAAGGACUAGACUUCACAGAUGACAAUGCCAGGGCAGUGGUCACCAUUGGAAUUCCCUUCCCAAACAUCAAAGACCUUCAGGUGGAACUGAAGAUGAAGUACAAUGACCAACACUGCAAGUCUAGGGGCCUCCUCCCAGGCCAUCAUUGGUAUGAGAUUCAGGCCUACAGAGCUUUAAAUCAGGCCCUGGGGAGGUGUAUCCGCCACAGGAAUGACUGGGGUGCUCUAAUUCUAGUGGAUGACCGUUACAGGAAUAAUCCUAAGAAGUACAUCACAGGUCUGUCUAAAUGGGUCCGCCAGCUCGUCCAACAUCAUGACACCUUCAGUAAUGCCAUCCAGUCUCUUGAAGCAUUCUCUCGAGUGCAGCAGAAGGUGCAGGUGGCCCCUGUAGACAAUCAUCUCCCCUGCUCUACCUCCUCAUCUUCAAAUAGUCAGUUGCCUGAAACUGUAGGGCAACACUGUCUGCCCUCACAACCUCACACACCUCACCCAUGCAGCAGGGUGCCUGAACCCCAGCAGGACACAAGCUCUUCAAGCUUCUGUAGUUUUUCUCAUACGCAUUUGAAAGCUGAACAAAAGGAAAAAGCAGAAUGUUUGAAGAUGACACAUAGUCCUCCAGCAGAGCUACUCUCAUAUAAAAAGAGAAUAGCUCAGCCUCUGUACCAGAUUUUCACCUCCAGCUCCAUCAGCACGUGUUUCAAGAGGCCACUCUUUCAUGAAAAAGCAUCCAGUAUUUCUGUCCAGCACUUGGAAAAAGCUAAUUAUUCUGAGCACAAGGUGCAACACAAGGUCUCUGUACAAAAGGAGACUGAGGUGUCUUGUCUGAAACAAGAAGCUGUAGCUGUGGCCAGUGUAUUCAAAGUGGAACCACACAGUCUGGGUCUAGAGCCUUUUAUACUAGCUACCUGUCCCACAUAUGAAAGUCACCCACCCUCAGCAGACAAGCCUGAUGAUGAAGAAGACAAGGACCAGACCAUCUUUACUCCAGAACGUUUUGAGGAUGGAGACAAAGGCAGCCCACAGAAAAAGAUGACGAAAGAGUCGCCUCCUAGGAUGGUUUUAGGAGCAGACAGCUCCGCUUUGCUGUCUGAAGAAAGUUUUGGCUCUGAGCAGCCCCAAGGGGUGGGGCAAGCCUCUGCUUUUAAUGGACAGACUACUACUUCAGUCAGUAAGGAGAGCACAGAGCUGUCACAGGGACAGAAGCAAGGUGAGGAGAGUGAGCAGGUGGAUAACCAGAGCAGGCAGGCAGGCAGAAGGCUUAACAGGCUGUCCAGGUCCAGGCAGAGAGUUCUUUCCACUCCAACAGGUAACUAACAACCUGGACACAAGGAAUACUGUGAACAAAGCAGAAUGUCUUUCAUGCUAUAUACCUAAUGGCAUCAGUGCACACUGUGGUGGUAAAGGCUUCCCACUAGAGAAUGGGUACUGUAAAUUGGUAUUGGUAUAAGCAGUAUAAAAUGUUAUAUCCAAUUCAUAUCAUUACUGCAAACAUUUCAUAGGAAACACCGUGUUUCACAGGUCAUUGUGUCGAAGUAAUGGAAUGUUACAGCUGCCCUGGGCAACUAGCUCACACACUGCUAUUGUGUAUACACUAAAUGAUGGCCAAGCCAUCUCCCAUCACGAAUUAGCUUCUUAUGUAGCAUGACAGACAUCAUAUUAGGAGACCAUUAAGGCCUGUUCAGAGUUUAAAAACACAUAACUAAACUGCAUUCUUGAAAUUGCGUUGCUGAUUGAAUGUGCAGCCUAUCAAAUCAUUAAAGUAUAAAACCAAGUACAUUUUUAAUAUUUUUUGCAUGAAAUUGUUUAGUUGUAUUUUAA